CAAUAUCUCUUCUUCAUUAUUGCACUCCUGUCAACUAUGGCCUCCAACAAAUCAUUCAUCAUUGCUUUUCUUCUUGCUCUCACCUUCUCAAGCAUGAGCAUGAGCCUAGCAGCUCGCCAUCUUAUGCAGACAACUGCACCAACAUUGCCAACAUUGCCACCAUUGCCUUCAAUUCCAGCCCUUCCUCAGGGUAAUGUUCCACCACUGCCCAUUAUCCCAUCUAUACCUACCACUUUGCCUCCACUUCCUACCAACAUCCCUAACAUUCCAACAAUUCCACAGCUCAACGUUCCUCCAUUGCCUUCAAUCCCAACAUUCACAAUUCCAACUACUAUGCCCUCCAUCCCAUUCCUCUCCCCACCACCUUCCACCUCCACCCCUUAAACUACCUUUCUUUUCUUCUUCUUGGCCAAGCUACCGUCUC